AGGCCAACAGAGUUCACCAGCCGACGUUGGGAAGUCAAGAACUGUGGAUUUACGGCUCCGACCUGCAAUCACCUCAAACACUUACACACAUUACAAGAUGCACCUCCACGUGGGAUUGGCUUUGGGAUUGGUGGUCCUGGUGGCUGUGAUUCGUCCGGGAGAUGCUACCUUUGGGAAGCUGAAUGUUCUGCUGGGCGGCGGAGCCACUGCAGCGGGCUAUGGAACUGGCUACGGCGGUUACGGCACUGGCUACAGCGCUGGCUACGGCGGCGGCUAUGGCACCGGUUACGGAUACGGCUCGGGCUACGGCUACGCCCCCGAGAACGUGGUGAAGGUCAUCAAGGUAUCUGUCGUUCCAGGAGGAGGCAGCUACGGAGGCGGAUACGGCGCUGGAUACGGAGGUGGCUAUGGAUCCUACGGUGGGGGCUAUUCCGGUGGCUUUGUGGGUGCUGCUCCGGCCAUCUCCACCUCCGCUGUGGUCACUCCCGUGGUGACCUCCGUCUCCGCUCCGGUGGCCCCAGCCGUUGGCCUGUCAGGCUUCGGAGGCGGCUUUGGUGGAGGAUAUGGUAGCCUGCCUGCUUCCUAUGGAUUCGGAGCCGGCUAUGGAGCUGGCGGUGGCUUUGGCCUGGGAUUCGGAGCUCCACCACCGCCCCUGGGACUGGCUUCGGGACUGUGCUGAGGAAACCUUAACGAGACGAAGACGAUAUUUUUG